AUGGGAUUCGCAAGUUCCUAUUUCCCCGAGUACAUCAAGGCGACAUUCGCUGCCGGUCUUAUCUUCCACAUGCUCGAAGAAGAACCACGAAUUGAUGGCAUGACCAGCAACGGCAAGAAACCGAAGAUCGCCGGUGCCGUCAAACUGAACAAAGUCUACUUCAAAUAUCCUGAAAGACCCGUCAAGCCUGGUGAGACACUAGCGCUGGUUGGGCCUAGUGGUUGCGGAAAGUCGACAGUGAUAUCGUUACUCGAGAGGCUUUACGAUGCUUUGGACGGUUCUGUGGAAGUUGAUGGCAAUGAUCUACGCGAAGUGAACCCUACUCAUCUGCGUGCCCAUAUAGCUUUGGUGUCGCAAGAGCCGAUUCUUUUCGACAGAUCCAAUCCGAGACAACAUCCUCUACGGUCUUCCACCAGGAUCCGUUAG